CUAUUUUUAGUGUAGGAAUUUGUCACUUAGCCAAAUGGAAUCCUGUAUAUAUGGUUAAAGUCAUUAUUUACAUUGAGCGACAAUUUCAAUUUAGAUACACAAGAUGUAAGGAGAUCAGAUAAGAUUGAUUCAAUAUAAUUGAGGUGAAUAGAUUGUUUAGUUCAUCAGGUGGUUUAAUCAUCGGCAUAAAUCGCUUAUAGCGAAGACAAUUAUGGAUCAUGUGAUGUGCUUUAAAUGAUAUCCCAGAGAAAAGAUAUAUAUUUUAAAGCCCGCACAACAGAAAAGUUUGGCCAUGUGAUGGAAGUAGUAAGGCUGUGAUUAGUUACAAGAAAACAAAAAAAUCGGGACUAGAAACCUUCAAAGGUCAGCAUGUCGAGUUUUGAUAAACUACUUGCUUUAGUUCUUCCUACAACUCAUGAUGUCUUUAGCUACUGUCGGAACAAAGUCAAAGCUGUUUGUGAAUACAUUUAUGAUACUUGCCAUUUGCAACUACACAGCAAAAGGACAGAAGAAAAAAAUAAUGUAGCUAUUACAGACAUGAAAGGGAAUCGGAAGAAGAGUUUCAUCAAAAGUAAAAACAAAAACAGCGAAAGAAAUAGAGAACCCAAGAUACAUCUUGUUUCAAUUUUGUUGAUUGCGAUAUUGGCCCUUGUGAUCCCAUGCGCUGCUGCUGCUGCUGCUGCUGCUGCUGAUGUUACCAUCAAUGAUUCAGGACAAGAGAUGUGCACAGUUAAUGUAAACCAAGGCCUCGUAAUAAUAAAUGUCACAUCCGAUGUAAAGAAUGACAUCCUCAAUUUCGGCGUUGGUGAAGAUGAUGUUGGCGACUGCGCGAAAAACACUGAGGAAGCAGUUAUUCUUCCGAAUUUUCAACAUCAGUAUAACAUAUCUUUGACACGAAGUGGACAUUGCAUCUUCAAAAUCUUAGAUUUAAAUGUAUCCCAGGCUAUUGUCAACAUCUUCUCCGAAGCUACGGCUUUGACGGUAGUGUUAAUUAAUGGAAAAGAUAACCCUGAAUGCAAGGACCCUUGGAAGCGGAGUUUUGUCCUUAAAGCUUCUCAUAAUGAACUCGACGUUGACCCAGAAGCUGGCGUUCCUCUGACCACGUCAACAACGACAGUUACAGAAACUAUCGAAUCGAAGUUGCCAAUCAACGGAUGGCCAGCAUGGGCUUAUGCUGUCUUAGUAAUUGGAAUUGUCGUGAUUAUUGCAAUCCCGAUUGUCAUAAUAAGAGUAAUACGUUUUCUAGCUUCUCGUCGUACAGAAGAAGUUGAUCCAGAAGCUGACGUUCUUCAGAACAUGUUAAAUGAAACCAACGGUACAGGUGAAUCCAUCGGUAACGCUCCCCACUCAGGUGCUUUGGUAUCCAAUGGUAGUGCUCACAACGGAGGUGCAGUUGUAUUAAAUGGUAACGCUCAUAACGCAGGUGCAGUUGUAUCCAUUGGUAACACUCACAACGCAGGUGAAGAUUUACCCAAUGGUGACGCUAACAACGCAGAAAACCAGAGGCCUGUGAAAGAUCUUGUACGACAAAUUGAGGAAAACAUUCUUCAUUCAGGCCCGGAGGGUGUAUCCAGCGUAUAGUAUCCCAGCUGUACCAAUUAUUUGGUGUCAAAACCAAUUGAUCGAGAAAAAAGAAAAAACGUACAUGUAACAAGUUUAUGUAGUUUGUAUAAAAAAGAAGAUUAUGUCGGUAACUAGUUUUAAGCUCAACAAUUCGAAGAAAAUGAAAAGCUUUAUUAUGUACCCUAGCGUCAGCUUUUCAUUUUGGUUUUGCAUGUUAGAACGUUAAAGUCGAGUUAUCAAAUUAUACAUCAUGUUAGGAAUUGAAACUUUAGACAUUCCUUCUCAACUAUCUACAUUAUAUAUCAAGUUAGAUACCUCUUUUGCAAAUAAUGUAAAUAGUGUCACUUUAUAUUUUUAAUGUUUUUACUAUUCUUAUAACAGUGAAAUACUUUGCAACUAAAAACAGCCAUUUUAAUUUGUUUGGCAUACAAAUAAUUAAUUCUACUUCAAUAAUUAUGAAAGUACUGCUUAAUCUUGACUCCAGGUUUUGAGACUUUUAACUUGCAAAAACUCCAUUUUUGGUGUUUUAUCUCAGUUAUAUAUGUCCAAUGAAGUAUUUGUAUUUGUUGAAAAGCUUUAGAAAAGUAUUCAUGGUCAAGUACUUGCAAAUAAUGUAGCUGUGCAAACGUUUUUUUAACAAAUGCAUAAAUUUUACUUAUAUAUGUAAAUAAACACAUACUAUAUCAGCGGCAUGUUCGAUCUUAAUGAGUUGCCAUUAAAUACAAACAAUACUAAAAUAAAUUCUGAUCAAAUUAUAAAAAACGAGCAUUUGGUUUAAUAUAUAGAAUGGACUAUUUCCACAUAAUGAAGAACACUAGUAUAUAUGUUUCACUCAUGAAAUAAAGUGUUUGAUGUAUAUUGAAUGGUUAAUCAAUAAUAUUAUGCGUGAGUGUAUGCGUGUUUACAUUAAAAUGCUUACUUGUUGUCUCUUUGCUGUGCCAUUUUAGUUUGUGUUAGUAAAGGUUGAGUUUUACCAUGUACAUAUUUUAGUAUUUGUAAAUGCAGCCAAUGUUUAUCACAAAAGUCAUGUUAAUUCUUAGGUUUGGUAGAAAUUAGCUUGAGUGUUUGCUCAAUGUUUGUUUGUUCAUUUAUCCCAGAAAUUGAGAUUUACCAAAAUGGAUAUUUACUAAUCAAAAUCAUUUAGAUAUGCAAACAAGCAAAUAGAUAACAAGUCCAUGGGUUUUCAGUGUGUUAUACAAUUGGAUAUUGAUGUAUACUGUGGCAUUCGUUUAUUUACAGAAUGUAAAGAUAUCAGAACUGAUGGCAUUAUUAAACGGCUUUUGCAAUUAUGACACAUGUUGAACGUGUUCUUCUUUUUAAUGUAUGUCGCUUUGGGCAUUGGCAAGUUUAUAGGUAUUUUUCCCAUUAAUGCUCAGGUAUAAAUGACUUUAUUUAUAAUGUGGCAUUCCUAAAUUGUACAAACUUAACAUGUUCAUUUUGUAACGUUCGGUGAUAAUUGAGAUAUUUUGAACAGUGUGUUAAACUAUUUAUAAAGCCUUUGGCGCUGAAUGAAUUUUCAUUUUAGAGCGCGAAGCAAAUAUUUACUGUUUUAUUACAUGAACUGUGUGCGAAUGAGUAGUUUAGUAGUUUUAUUUCUCCUGUUCACUGUAGAGCAUGGAACAAAUAUUCGCAAAUGUAUCAAAGGUAUUAUGUGUGUUUACAUAAAAAAGGCUGACAAUAUUUAAGCCGUUUUCCUUUUUCAUGUGCAUUAUUAACUUGUUGUCUUUUUGCUGUGCCAUAUAGUAUUUGUUAGUAAAUGUUAGUUUUAUCCUGUAAAUGCUAAUUUAUACCUGCAGUCAAUGUUUAACAGUGGUUUUUUCCUUCGUUUGUUUUAAAGUAGCUGCAAUGUUUGUUCAACGGGCAAUAUUUAUCCCGAAAUGGCUAUUUACUUAUAUAAGUAUUUUUCAAAAAGAUAGCAUGUGGAUGGCUCAUCAGUGUAUCAAUACAAAUGGCUGCUGUUGUAUAUUGUUGCAUUCGUUUAUUUACAGAAUGUUAAGAUAUCUAUAGUAAUGACAUUAUCUUAUAGCCUUUGUAAAAAUGGCAUAGCUUUAAUUUGUCACAUGUUCUUUUCUUCAAUGUCCAUUGUUUUUUGUGGGAACUGGAAAGUUCAAAAGGCAUUCUUUUUCCAUUAAUAUUUUGUAAUACAUAUGUUAAUGUAUAAUAUGGCAUUCCUAAAUUGUGCAGACUGUAUAGAUAUAUAAAUAUAUAGUAAUGGCAUUUUGUUCUCUGCUCAACUAUCUACCUACUAUAAUAAAUCAAGUAAGAUACCUCUUAUGCAAAUAAUGUAAAUAGUGUCCCUUUAUAUUUUUUUAAAUGUUUUCAUUAUUCUAAAAACAAUUAAAUACUUUUCAACCAAUAACAGCCAACUGAAUUAGGUUUAUUAUAUAGAAUGGGCAACUAUUUUCACAUUAUGAAGAACAGUAGUCUAAUAGUUUCACUCAUUAAAUAAAGCGUUUAAUUCAUAUUCAAUGCUUUAUCAAACGAAGUAUUCGUGAAUGUAUGCGUGUUGACAUCAAAAAGGCUGGCAUUGAUUUAGUAGUUGACUGUUCAUUGUAGUAAAGCAUAAACUAAUAUUCACUGAUUUAUAAAAGGUAUUCUGUGUUGAAGAAUGCGUGUACACAUAGAAAAGCCUGAUAUUAAUUAAGUAGUUUCCUCCCUGAUUUUCAUUGUCGUCUCUUUACUGUGCCAUUUUAGUCUUUGUUGGUAAAUAUUGAGUUUUAUCAUGUACAUGUUUAUUUAUAACUGCAGCCAAUGUUUAUCACAAAAGUCAUGUUAAUUUUUAGGUUUGGUCGAAAUUACCUUGAAUGUUUGCACAAUGUUUGUUUGUUCAUGUGCAAAUUCGCUCAAGAUAACAAAUGGAUGGGUUAUCAGUGUGUUAUACAAGUGGAUGCUUAUGUAUACUGUGGCAUUCGUUUAUUAACAGAAUGUAAAAAUAUCAGAACUGAUGGCGUUAUUAAACCGCUUUUGCAAUUAUGAUACAGCUUAAACGUGUUCUUUUUAAUGUACGUUAAUUUGUCUCUUUAGGCAUUGGCAAAAUUUGAAUGUAUUCUUUUCCCAUAAAUCCCCAGGUAUAAAUAACAAAUGUAUGAUUCAAUAAUUGUACAAACUCUAUGUCUUCUUUUUUGUAAUGGUCGGUGGUCAUUGAGAUAUUUUGAACAGUGUGUUAAACUAACACUAACUGUGUGCGAAAAAAUGUGUUUUAACUUUAUAUUAUAUGAAAAAAAACUGACUUUACUUUAGUAGUUUUCUUUCUACUGUUCAUUGUAGAGCAUUCAACAAAUAUUCACAAAUGUAUCAAAGGUAUCAUGUGUGAAUGCAUGCAUGUUUACAUAAAAAAGGCUGACACUAUUUAAGCAGUUUUCUUUUUCAUGUUCAUUAUUAACUUGUGGUAUUUUUAAUUGGCUGCUGUUGUAUACUGUGUUUAAUUGUUUAUUAACAGAAUGUUAAGAUAUCUAUAGGAAUCACUUUAUCAUACAGCUUUUGUAAUUAUGACACAGCUUUAAUUGGUCACAUGUUCCUCUUUUCAAUGUCAAAUUGUUUUGUGGAAUUUGAAAGUUUAAAAGGCAUUCUUUUUCUGUUAAUAUUCAGUUAUAAAUAUAUGACAUUCCUAAAUUGUGCAGACUGUACAGAUAUAUAUAGUAAUGACAUUAUGUUAAAAUAUUUACUUGACAACGUUUAAACUUUGACAUAUUCCUAUCAUAAAAUGUUUACAUAAAGCGAAACGUUUAGAAAUUGUUUGUGCGAUACCUAUUUCAGUAAGAAUUGUUAUGCAUGUUAUAAACUGUAAACUUUGUGUCUUAAUGUGAAUGCAUUACUUGUCCGAAUUAAAGUUAUCUCUGAAUAUCUGAAAUAAAC